AUGCCUACUGGUCAACGUGGUCAUCGGCCUGAAUCAAGCGACGGAGUUAUCGUUGGCUCUAGUGGAGUCUCUAGCUAUACUACUGGUUCUAGUCGGCAGCCGACGCCUAUAAAGCUGAGUGGCUAUCUACUCAAAGUAUGCUGUAGCGUGGCCUAUCUUUAUGAUGCCGAAGCACGCUUGCUUGAUUACGAGUAUAUCCAGGCCUGUCUCAGCCAGUAUGGCUGCAUGCCCCGACUUAGUCCGGUGCUUCGCCGUGAUGUUCUUGCCAGUUUAAAGCCUUCAUUGCAUCGGCUUAUGCAACCACGAUCACUGACCCCUGUUUCUCCACGUCAACAACGUAGUCAUAACCAGUUUGACAUUGCUCGCUGUCCUCACCUGGUUAGCGAGGAUCAUUCCUCUACAACGAAGUUGGCUCACACUGCUAGUGGUGACGGAGAUGCUGUUUCCCUUGAUUGGCUGGAACCUGAGGAGUGCAUCGAUGAUUGGAUUGAUCAUGAAGACAGUGAUGAUGAGAAAGAUCAUGAGGAAAAGGUGUCACAUUAA